UCGUUUCCGGUGUAGUAAGUGUGGUGAAAGAAAAGCAACAUGGACAUACGACCGAAUCACACGAUAUACAUCAACAACCUGAACGACAGGGUGAAGAAAGAAGAGCUGAAGAGGUCUCUCUACGCCCUCUUCUCUCAGUUCGGCCAGAUCGUCGAGAUCGUCGCAAUGAAGACCAUGAAAAUGAGGGGCCAGGCGUUUGUGGUGUUUAAAGAACUCGCUGCAGCCACGAACGCACUGAGACAGCUGCAAGGUUUCCCGUUCUACAACAAACCCAUGAGAAUCCAGUACGCGAAGACGGACUCGGAUAUCGUCUCUAAGAUGAGAGGCACGUACGGAGACAAAGAGAAGAAGAAGGAGAAGAAGAAGAAAGCUCAGGAGCAAGCGGCCAACGCCGCUAAGAAACCAGUGAAUGCCGUAAACAAUCAGCCGCCUCCACCAGCUACAGUCCAGGUUCCUGAUAAUCCUCCCAACUACAUCCUCUUCCUGACCAACCUACCCGAGGAGACCAACGAGAUGAUGCUGUCCAUGCUGUUCAACCAGUUCCCCGGUUUCAAAGAGGUGCGUCUGGUCCCCGGAAAACACGACAUCGCCUUUGUGGAGUUUGAGGGCGAGGCCCAGGCGGGAGUCGCUAAAGACGCUCUGCAGGGCUUCAGAAUCACCGCCACCUGUGCCAUGAAGAUCACCUACGCCAAGAAGUGAACCCGGCCCCACCCCAAACACACACACACACACACACACACACACGCACGCACACCUGUAACAUGAGCAUUGUCGGACUGAAACGCAGCCCUGCUGAAUGAAUCCUGCGCCCCAUCGUGACUUCGCUACGAUCGAUUUUCUUUUCAUGUUUAUGAUUGUACAGGAUUUUUGUUGAUGUGAAACGAGAUUGUUUUGAGCAGCGGGACGGAUCGUGGCGUCGUAUUUUUUUUUUAUGUUAGAAUAUUAAAGGACGUUUUUAACAUUUG